GAGGCCCCGGCCAGCGUGGCGGUGCUCUCCGCGGAUGGGGGCGCCUCCCUAGCGACCACGUCGCUGGCUACCGGCUACGGCAGCAUGGAGCCGGGCUGCGUGGCCGCUGCUCCGCGGCCCGAGGUGCUCCGCCUGGACAGCUGCGCCAGCCUCAGCGCGCUGACGGCGGCCGCGGCCACUGGGGAGGACACCUUCGUCAUCUCGACGGACCAGGUGGGCACCUCGGCCAGGCAGGGCAUCGGCAAGGGCAGUUUCGGGGAGGUCUUCCGCGGCAGGUGGCGCGGCCGGGACGUCGCGGUGAGGGAGGUGCGUAGCGACGAGGUGAAGGGCGUACCACGCUACGAUACCACGGCGCGCAGGCUUACAGAGACGCUGAUGAACAUCACGGAGGGCACGCCGAACAGCGGUACGUUCGUAUGGUACGUGAGCGAGAAGAGGCUCUCCGAGCACGAACAGCAACUCGAGACAAUUUGGAUGGGGAGUUUGAGAGUGUACGGCACCUGUGUCAGUGUACGAGAAGAUGUAAGGAGGCCAGAGCGCGUCUUCGACUUGAGCGCGACGAACCUGGGCCACAUCGCGACGAAGCGCGGCAUGGCGGACGCCCCCGCUAGCGUGGAUCACGCUCAUUCGGACCAGACAGUCCUGAACAUGUACACGGCAGGGGACGCUCAUAUUAUGAUGCCGAGGCGCAGGCGUACGGGCUGCGUAGUGAAUGCGCACGACGGCGAGGGCACUUAUCACAACAAAGUGGGCUGUUCCAUGGGCGAUUCCGACGCUGGGACGAAGUUCAGGAAUGCGUUCGAGCAGCCGACCCAGGAGUGGAGGAAGGCGCUGUUCUCGUCCUCAGCGGUGCGCGAGCUGACGGCGGGUUGCCCCGUCACGCAGAAGACCAGUGACCUUGGGGUGCGCAAGUGGAAGGUCACCGCGAUCUGCGCGGAAGCCGUCUGGCAGAAGAUCAAGGUGGCGCCCCCCGGCGUGGAGAUAGUCGCGCCUGGGCUCCGACGCUAUCAAGCUCUCGCGCGUAACCCGCACCGCCGCGCCCAGGAGUUCGCGGCAGCCUUUGGGAAGGUUGCGUUUGAGAACGUGGCGCCUCAACAGUUCCCAUGGGCCCCAGCGUGCACUCCUACGGUGACCCCGACUGACAAAACCAACCCGUGGGCCCUGCAGUUCAAGAAUGUGGCAAACGGAGGCGGCGGGAGCCAGGGACAGAAGAAGAAGGACCCGAAGAUCGUGGACCUCAGCGAACUCGACAGCUGUGCGUGCGACGUCAAGCAGAUGCAGAUGUUCUUCCCAGUAAUGAUGCGACUCAUCCUCAACCUGGCCAUGAGGCAGAGGCAGAAACAUUCCAUCGAGUUGAAGACGUUCCUGGUGUCAUCAGGCGUGCAGGUGGCAGCGAAGGCAAUGGCUCGCGUCAGAGCGUGGGUCAGGACGGCGGAGGAGGCGAGGGCGACGCUGUCCAAGGAAGACGCCGAGAAGAAGACCAGGGAGUUGGGCACGAUCUCGGUGGCAUGCUGCGCGGGUGUGCUCGAGGAUGCGAUGGCCGAGGGCAACGCAAUGGGCGGGGCCGUGCCGCUCGCCAAGAUCACCGACGCGCACGGGGAGGGGGAGGCCAGACUGGCGCUGAGCUUCGCGUCGAGGCUCAACUUCGCACCAGUGCUCGCGUCGCUUGUCCAGGCGGGCGCGGAGCACAAGCAGGGGGCCGCCCCCAUGGGGCACCUCGAGCGCUUGAUGCACGCGGGAUUGCAGGAGCUCGAGAACAUGAUGCAGGAGUAG